AUGGGACUAUGUAAAUGUCCGAAGAAAAAAGUAACAAAUUUAUUCUGUUUUGAGCAUCGAGUGAACGUCUGUGAACAUUGUCUUGUAGAGAAUCAUGGCAGUUGUGUCGUUCAAAGUUAUCUUCAAUGGCUAACUGAUUCUGAUUUUGAUUCAAAUUGUACUCUCUGUGAAAAUCCUCUAAACGCUGCAGAAACUGUACGUUUACAAUGCCUACACGUGUUUCAUUGGUCUUGCUUGGAUGCUUGGGCGAGUAGAUUCCCUGCUACUACUGCUCCAGCAGGUUAUUAUUGUCCAUGUUGCAGAGAAACUCUUUUCCCUGACUCGAAUCAAGUUUCUCGUGUCAUAGACCAACUUCGCACUUACUUAGAAAAGACUAACUGGGCUAGAGCAGGAUUAGGACUUCCAGUGCUACCGGAGUUGCAAAAAGCUGCUGUACCGUUUGCCACUCUAGUUAGUUCCUCAUCUAAAAGCCGUGAUGAGGCUCCCCCAUCUUUGCCAAAACCUCCAAGCGGAGGAGUUUCACAUCAAGUUUAUGAACCCCCACAAACUAACAGCUUUAGAACUGCAACUCCUGCCACCGCUCUCGAGAUCGAUGACGUUCGAUUCACACAAGCAAAUGACGAAGUUACGUUUACUGCCAGGAAAAAAUACGGAGGUGCCGGCGCCGACACGCAGCCUCUUUUAAACUCAGAAAGAGAUGUUGAUAGCGAAGCUAAUAAAUAUAAAAGACGCCCAGUUCGAGAAUGGCUUGGAGGGUUAUGGAGGGCGAAGUAUGGCAGUGCUGCUCCUCGUGGUAUAUCAGGUCCCAAGAAGUUCGCAGUUCUUUGCAUAUUCGUUCUGAUUGUACUUCUCACUGUGUAUACCCUGCUUUCUCGAAGUGGUGUUUCUUCUGAAUAUGACCCUCUCCUCGAUCCCAUGGCAAAUCCUAAUAUUAGAGUUGCUUCAGAUGAUUUAUUGUCUAAUCAUUUGUAA